CAUAGUCGUUGUCUCAUCAAAGGCAAGACAAUCAGCACAUCGGUGUUUGGCAAAGAAUCUUUAGGUGACUACGGUUAGAGAAUUAGCGGAAAAUACUGAAAUCAGGUGAAUUUCAAAGGUAAUCUGGUGCUUGUGUAGAACAGUCUAACACCUGAAGCUCGAUAAGUCCGGCAGGAGUGUUUGCUCUCAUCAACAACCUGGUUGCAUCAGAAUGUUUUCACGUAGCCUUCGACGGUUUCAGCCGUUGGCGCGGGCGGCUUUAUUGUCUCGUCGGCAUUUUAUGAUGCCUCCAGAGUUCCGAGUUUUCAAUCGUCUUGUGGAAGAUUUUUUCAGGGAGCCACUGUUCACCGGCCCGCGACUUUUGACCCAAGUGGAACCUUACGGCGUUCUAAGCGGUAUGCGCCUCUUCAGGGAAGAUAAUAAGUUGGUGGCCCAGAUGAGACUUCCACAGAAUGUAAAGCCAGAAGAUGUUAAGAUUGCACUGAAAGAUGGCCGUCUUUGCGUUUCGAUUCGUAGUGAGGUCAAUCAGGAGAACUUCCGAUCAGUAAAAGAAUUUCAUGAGGAGCUAAAACUCAAUGACAGUACGGUUCUCAUGGAUAAGAUGGAAGCAUAUGUGGAUAGUAUCGAAGGUCGACUUCGAAUUGAGGCACCUCUCAAGGAGCCGGAGCAGAGUGGCCAAGUUCGUCUCAAUAUCGACAUGGGCAGUAAGGCAAUUGAUGACAAAAAGUAAUUUACGAGUACUGCAAACAGGAAGAAGAGGAGCAACGAAUUAACCGUGCUAGUGGUAGUCUCUAGCACGCAGUGUCACUUCGUAAAUUCCUGCAGGCGUGUGAUAUAAGCAUCGCGGGAUCAUGUUUUUAUGACGCUUGUUGCAUUGAUCGCUGAAUAUCCCGAAUUCUGUAUAUAUCUUGGGUGACCACUGCGUCGUGUGGUAUCGCAUAGGCCAAGGAAACAAACACGGCAUAAGUUCAAUUCAAAUCUUAGUCGUAGCAUUACUGUGUUAGAAAUGAUGAAGGGCAAAUAAAGUUGUUACUCUUUUCGUAACGAAAAACGUAAAAGCAUAU